AUGGCGGCUUCAAGGCUCGAGCUGAAUCUUGUGCGGCUGCUGUGCCGCUGCGAGGCAAUGGCGGCUGAGAAGCGGGACCCAGACGAGUGGCGCCUGGAGAAGUAUGUGGGGGCCCUGGAGGACAUGCUGCAGGCUUUGAAGACUCAGGUGAGUAAACCGGCCUCCGAGGUGAUCAAUGAAUACUCUCGCAAGGUGGACUUUCUGAAGGGGAUGCUGCAGGCAGAGAAGCUGACUUCAUCCUCAGAGAAGGCAUUAGCCAACCAGUUCCUAGCCCCUGGCCGUGUACCCACUACAGCCCGGGAGCGUGUGCCCGCCACAAAAACAGUGCAUCUUCAGUCAAGGGCGAGGUACACUGGCGAGAUGCGGAGUGAGCUGCUAGGCAUGGUAAGUGCAGAGCCUGGGCUGGACGUAAGGAAGCGAACUGGGGUGGCAGGGCAGGUGGACGAGAAGCAGUCUGCAGCUGAGCUAGACCUUGUACUCCAGCGACACCAGAAUCUCCAGGAGAAGCUGGCAGAGGAGAUGCUGGGCCUAGCCCGGAGCCUCAAGACCAACACUCUGGCCGCACAGAGCGUGAUCAAGAAGGACAACCAGACCCUGUCCCACUCGCUCAAAAUGGCCGAUCAGAACCUAGAGAAGCUGAAGACAGAGUCCGAGCGGCUGGAGCAGCACACGCAGAAGUCAGUCAACUGGCUGCUCUGGGCCAUGCUCAUCAUCGUCUGUUUCAUCUUCAUCAGCAUGAUCCUCUUCAUCCGCAUCAUGCCUAAACUCAAAUAA